AUGAUCCUGAUUGGGGGUACCUGCAAUGACACUCUGACACUCAAGUCAGUACCAAAGUCAGACUUAUGUGGUAUUUUUGCUGAAUUAGAUUAUCAUACCUGGAUAAGGUUUUCUGGUCAUGGGAGAACUUAUAUAGAGCAACUAAUUAACUGUGUUUCUGAAUUGCGCUUUCAAAUGGAAGAAUCAUUGGAGAACUACUGGAUUUCUCAUUUGGAAAUGGAGGAGGAUAAUUUGAUCAAUCAAAACUAUAGAAUAAGCCACUAUCCCUAUCUUUCUUCCACCACAGAAAUUGAAUCUGCCACUGCUAGUGCCCUUGUUGAGGCUGCAACCACCAAUUUUCAAAGUUCUAUUCCAUUUUCCACUGUCCAAAACACCCUUUCAAAUGCCACUUUUGACACUUUACCAAAUAAUGAAGAAAAUUCUCUAUCAACCCACAUUUUGCCUUUGAUGAACACAAGUGUAGAACCACCUAUGAUAAGCAAUAACAGAGGUUACAUGAAACAUGGCUCUGCUUUGGGGUCCUUCAAAAGGACACAAGUGAACCAUAGCUUGAAGGCAAGGACUUCAGAAGGAAAUACAAAGAAGGUUAGAAGCUCUUCUGAGACAGCAAAUCACACUGUGGCUGAGAGAAAAAGAAGACAGAAACUCACUGAGAACUUCAUAGCACUUUCAGCCAUCAUUCCUGGGUUGAAGAAGAUAGACAAGUCUUAUAUACUUCAAGAAGCAAUCAAUUAUAUGAAGCAACUUCAAGAACGGGUAAUAGAACUAGAAAAUCAGAAGCAAAAGAAAUUGCAGCUCUCUAUAAAUGAAGACUCGACCACAAGUGAAACAAACUUGGCUGGUUAUAGAUUCACUAAAGCACUCCCUGAAGUUAAAGCAAGAGUUUCAGAGAAGAAUGUGCUCAUUUCAAUCCAUUGUGAGAAGCAAAAUGACAUUGUGUACAAAAUACUGAAUUUGCUUACAAAUCUCCCUCUCUCUAUAACCAGUAGCAGCUUAUUGCAAUUUGGAGCUUACACCCUUCAAAUCACAAUCAUUGCUCAGAUGGAAGAUGAAUAUAACAUAAACAUUGAUGAUAUGGUGAAAAAUCUGAGGAAGGAAUUAGUGAAAUCACAUAAUGUCCAACAAUGA